AUGAUAAUGAUGCGUACUGUGUUGUGUGUUCUAACUGUCGCACUGUGUUGUGUCUGCAUUGUUGUGGUAGCGGCAGAAGAAGCUAGAGGGCCACAUGAUGGUGGGGCUCUUCAGACGACUGCAUCUGGUAAUGAGAACCCUGAUGAGGGGAGAGAAGCAGAAAGGUUAAAAAAUACUGUGAACGAAGGAGAUUGUGAGGCACCAUCUGGUGAAGGAAGAGAAAAGAAACCCUGCGAAGGACCACCCACGCCGGUGCCUUCUCUUGCAAAAACUCAAAAGGGAGAAGAAGCAACUAAAGGCCGUACAGAUUCGCACACCUCACAACCCCAAACGGCAAGUGCUCCUGGUGUUUCUGUUGUUUCCACAGAAGGACAGAGCACACAACAAGGUAGACCUGGUGAUGCCUCAGAACAAGAAGAAAAUCAGCAAGGUAACGAAAGGAGCCACCAAAAACCCAUCAGUGGACCAGAAACAGUUAAACCUGGUACAACACAAGUCCCCAGUAGCAGGGAUCAAGAAACGUCAGCUGAACAUGCACAGGGAAGUAAUACACAACCUCAUGAAGAUCGAGACACACAACCUUCUUCUUCUUCUGUAAACCAAUCCAGCAAUUCGGAAACAGAGAAUGCCAGUGAAACUGCUGCUGGAGCAAAUGGAAAUAUUGCCACAAAUGCGGAGAGUGAGUCCACAAGCAACGAAGAAGGUGUUGAAGGAAAUACAGUUACCACAACAACUUCAACCACCACCACCACAACAACAACAACACUUCCUCCCGAACUCACAAAUAACAAGAAGGGUGAUGCAGACAGCAGCAGCAGCAGUAUCAGCAGUUCUGUGUGGGUACGUGUACCACUACUGAUUGUGGUUACACUGGCCUGUAUUCUUGUGUGCUGA